AGGCACCGCUAGCCCCCAGACAGCGGAGACCCACGCUGGCAGAAGCGCGCGCGCAACAGGAUAUCCUGCAACUUCUUCAGGGAACUGCAGAAUCCUUGGAGGACGGGGGCGUGGCAUCACCUGGCCAGGUGGAGGCACCCCACUUGGAGCAGCUUUGUUCCCAACUCCAGGGCCUCCGUGGUCGCUACAUGGAGAUGCUGGGGCGCUGCGAGGAGUUUCGCCACCAACUCUGUGAAGCACAGGCCAAGAAGGAAGCCCACCGCACUGCGGCUGACCAGAAAAGGCGUAACUGGGAGAAGCUGGUGGCAGAGCAUCAGCUGCUCGUGGAUCAAGGUGAGGCAGAGAUUGAGCGCCUUCGGGAGGAGGUGGAAGAGGCACAAAGACGCCAAGAGAAGGUGCAGAAGGAGCAGGAGAGACUGGAGCGUGCAGCCAGGCAAGACAGGGUGUCCUUGGAACAGCUUCGUUUAAAGCUGCGCCAAAUGGAAGCGAGGCUGGACGAUGCUGGGACGUUCUGGAGCCGAACCAUUGAACUCCGCAGCUGCCAAUUUCAGAAUCGCAACUAAAGAAGUUUGGACGAUCCGCAUCAUUGCGGUUCAAUAUGCCAAUGUACAUAGACCAGCUCAUUUGAGCAAUGGCGACUUGCAAGGAAGGAUCGGAAGGAGCCGUGAACUUUGCUCAAGGAGAAGUUCUGAAAGCUUCAAGUGCGGUCCUUUCAUGGCAUUGGCGAGCCAAUGUACCGAUCAAAAAGUGCUCAUUUCAUAC